AUGGAGGCAACUGAUGAAGAAAAGAGAUGGUGGUUUGAAGGAAUUCGUCCGUAUAUUAACAGUGAAAGACUUCCUCUGGUCCUGGCAAGAGAUGUACCAUUCAAGGAGUUUGCCAAAAAAUCCGAAAAUGCCAAAGCUGGAAGAUUCUGGGACUAUGACAAGGGCACUGUGAUGAUUAUCGAGUUGCCAUCUGGUGAUCAUGAAAGUGCAAUUGGUGAAUUUAGUCGUCAUUUCCUAAAUCAUUUCAAUAACGUAGCAUCUCAAGAUGAUAUUAGAACCUGGGGAGCGAAAGAUUUAUACAACCUGGCGACAGGUGAAUAUAAAGAUCCCGAUGCCUGUUUUGUGCCUCGACGUCUGUUAAAUCUGCCAAACCCGGUUCUUAAUCCAUGCGACAAUGUUGGGAAUCCGUGGCCAACUAUUAUCCUCGAGGUUGCUUCCUCUGAAACACUUGAUCAUGUAAAGAACAAGGUCAAUAACUUCUGGCUAAUCCCAAACCGUUGCGAAGAUGUGAUUGUUAUCAAGUUAGGCAAUUGGAAUAAUAAGCGCCGUGAUCGGAAUGGACACCCUUUGCAUCGUUUGCGGUGCCUAAGAUUCUGUCGACGCGCAAUCCUUCAACAAAACCAAAACGCAACGACAUUUCAUCCAAUCCAAGAUAUCGAGUUCGGGUCUGUCCACGCCAACGGAAGGGCUGGUAAUUUUUGCUCGGGCCCACGAAUAAAAUGGCUUACAAUAGACUGUGAUUGCAUCUAUGCAGGAUGUGUUCCUCCUCUUCCUCCUCUUCAGGUCCUUCCUCAAACCUCGGCUCCUGGAGUUUCUAUCGAUUUGUAUUAUAUACAACAGGCAGUUUUUGAUGCUAUGGGCAAGAAUUGA